UGACAUGUGGAAUGUGCAAGCAACAUUUUAAAAACCAGCACGGGUUAAGUAUACAUAUCUCAAAAAUGCAUCCAAGCAUAGUUUGUGGAGUAUGUCAGAGAAAUGAUUUUAAAAAUGAACAUGGACUCAGCAUUCACAUGUCCAAAGUGCACCAUCAGGAUAGCCAUUCCUCUGGUCGGAGAGAAACAGAGCUUUAUUCAAGAAAAGUUCCACAGCAUGGCCAUUAUCAUAGCAAAGAUAGAAAAGAUGAAAAACACAGUGCUCGACAAAGACCAUCCACUGCUGGCGGUCACAGAAAAGAUGGGUACCAAGGAAGAUUUACAACCACCCACAGUCCACAUGGCAGCGCUGUAAACGAGAAAUGUAAAUCUUAUAGUGGACCCGAACGAGAACAUAAAGGUGAUACAAGGACAUGGCCAAAAUCAGUGCCACCAAAAUUCGGAGAAAUUCACAGAACAGAUACAUACAUGUCAGAACAUGUCAUCAAGGAGGUUGCUAAAGUUGUACAGGCUUCCCCUCACACUGUUACUAAACCACAGGAGAAAGCAGGGGGACGAGGUAAACCAAGGGAACCGUUGCUUACUGAAAGGUCACCUUCAUCGUUGUCAAACUCGACACUGUCAUGUCUUGCGUCGGAUAAAAGUAAACUUCUAACAAUUCUAAAGGCAGGCAUCAUAUGCCCAAAAGAAGACAGUAAACUACGAGUGGAUAGAGUCAAUGUAUUUGUUCAGAAUUUAGAAGAAACGAUUUCCAGGGUUUCCGAUUUUCCGUUGGAAUUGUUUAAAUCUGGAUCUUACUACGAUAAAACCAAGAUAGACUAUGCCGAUGAGUUUGAUUUCAUGUUUUACCCUAAGGCCAAUUUUGAAGCUGACUUUACAAACUGCCCACCAGGUUUCUGUAAAAUAAAGAAAGGUCGAACAACUAGUCAGGAUUUUGACAAGAUGUUCAAUAAAGAUGGUUAUCUCGUACCCGAUUUUUUUAAAGAAAAGAUGUUCCAAAUUUUUAAAAAGUGUAUUGAAAGUCCUGGUUUCCGAGAAGGCAGAAGAACAAAAAGAAAGCCGCGUGCUCCUGAAAGUCCUGCUUUCACUGUGUUCUAUGACCUACAACUUCAAGGCAAACCUCCAAUCGACAUAGAUCUAGUCCCAGCCAUAAGAGUGGAUGGAUGGCCCUCGAAUUUUAGAAAACUCCAUGCAAAAUGGCUUAGUGAUGACCACGCUAAAGAGGCGAUGAAAUGCUUUCACGCUGUCACGAAGACGUUUCCAGGAAAACAAGCAGAUGGAGGUCUUCUUUGGAGGGUGUCAUUUUCUCAUGCAGAAAAGAAACUGAUUAACCACGCUGAUUAUACAGACAAAGGUGUCCGUAAGACAAUCUUUAAAAUUUUAAAGAAAUUAAAAGAAGACAUCAAAACUGAUUGUCCGGGAAUUGAAAAAUUCUGCAGUUACCAUCUUAAGAUGUUUAUGCUAGGAUUUUUCGAUAGACAUAAAGACUUCUCUGAGAAAAAUGAGGAACUUUUGUUCAAUCAAAGUAUAAAAGAACUUGUUAAAUGUCUGCAGUCAGGAGAAAUUCGGAACUAUUUCAUUCCUAGUGACAAUAUUUUGAAAUAUGUACCAGACAAUGAAAAAGCUCUUGUUGCACGAAAACUCAGUGAAUACAUAUAGUUUAAUUGGUUAGUCGGGAAAUGUUGACGAUAACCAUAUUAAGAUCGAGUGGUGAGAAAGUUAAAUUUUUUAUUUUUCAUGAAUUUCAAUCGAUGAACUACAUGUUGUACACUAUCCUGGGUGGUCGUUUGUUAAUUGCAUAAUAUAUCUUCAAUGAAGUCCAUUUAUAACCACUUUACUGAUAAACGUGUAUAUUAUUUGUA